ACAAAAAAAAACCGCAUCUCAUUGUAAGCAGCGCAGCUGGACGCGCUCCGGUGGGAGGAGGGAGGUCCGCGUCCGCUUUGUGUUGAGACAUCCAAAAAUCUACUGUCUCAAGUUCCAGUUUUCAUCAUGGACAUUUUUCCUUAGUCGCGCUUCGAUAUUUGUCAAAACAUGUGACCGCCAUGCUCAGUUUAAACCGGGAUCCAUCAACGUACGAGAGGAGACCCUGACCGUGCAGAGAAAUGGCAAACCGUGAGCGGAACAAAAAGAUCUUACUGGAACUGGUGAAGCAGCCACACAACAGUCGGUGCGCUGACUGCGGCGCGCCCGAACCAGACUGGGCCUCCUAUAAGCUGGGAAUUUUUGUGUGUUUGAACUGCUCUGGGGUCCACCGCAGCCUGUCCAGCCAUGUCAAAUCUAUCAGGCUGGACUUCUGGGAGGAUAAACUAGUGGAGUGGGGGAAGUUCAUGAAAUCCAACGGCAACGCCAGUGCUCAGGUUUACUAUGAGACUGCUGUGCCACCGUACUACUAUCGGCCCCAGCAGCAAGACUGCAAUGUCCUCAGGGAGCAGUGGAUUCAUGCUAAAUACGAGAGGAGGGAGUUCAUAGGAGAGACUAAGUAUCCACCGCUGCCGUACACCACAGGUUUCUAUGAAGGAAUGCUGUGGAAGAAAGGCAAAGAGAGCACACAGUUUCUGAAGAGGAAGUUCGUACUGUCGGAGAGGGAAUUUACCCUGAGCUACUACAACAAAGAAGACGAAUCCAAAGGGCCCAAAGCUGUAAUAUCCAUCAAGGACCUGAAUGCCACCUUUCAGCCAGAAAAGAUUGGUCAUCCUCAUGGACUGCAGAUCACCUACCAAGAUGGCAAUCGCACCAGGAACCUCUACGUUUAUCAUGAGACUUCUCAGGAAAUAGUCACAUGGUACAUCGCGAUUCGAGCUGCUCGUUAUGCAUAUCUGAAGACGGCCUACCCGACAGGAAGUGAUGAUGAACUAGUACCAAUGAUAACAAGAAACUACCUCAAAGAGGGUUACAUGGAAAAGACGGGGCCAAUGCAAACCGAGUCAUUCAAGAAGAGGUGGUUUAUUUUAGACUCUCAAAACAGGAAGUUGUUCUACUUCAAAGGCCAGCUGGAUGCAGAGGAGUUAGGGGCCAUUUUUAUUGGCACAGAGAGCAAAGGUUACUCCGUUAAGGAGUGUGUCCCGACAAAUGCCAGAGGAAACAAGUGGAAGUGCGGAUUAACAGUGGAAACACCCGAGCGACGGUUUGUCUUCAUGUGCGAGCAGGAGAGGGAGCAGAGGGAGUGGCUGGAAGCGCUCAAAAAGGUUUUGUCCAGGCCGAUGUCACCCCAGGAUUAUACCACCGAAGUCAUCAUGAAGCGUAAAUGAUGAACCAUGAUGAGAAGACUGCAAGUUACUGGACUACAGCAGCACAGCGGCUGAACGGGGACCUGCUGUUUGCUUCAGUGACUGUCAGUACUGACGUAUUAAUGCUGUGCAGUGCAUUAAAGACACUCAUUUCAACUGACACUGUUAAUAAUGCUCAACCUCAGGCCUCACAUGUGUUUAUCAUUAUAUAAAAUACAUUCUAACCAUGAACACCUGAUCAGCAAGUAUAUAUCACAGGUUACCACCACUGGGUGCUGCCAUGCUGUUUGUGAAUGUGUUUCUAAAUUUUCAAUAUUAAUACAUUUAUUUUGGAUAUUUAAUGAGUGGAUACAUUUAUAUUUGACAGUGAAAAUGUUCCGUGACACUAUGGCCAGAAAAUAAAUGACUCUUUUUUAAUUAAUGCUUGGUUUGAUUUAUAGAUUAUAUGUUGAGUAUAAAACAGACUUCUGUCUGUUUUGCAGUUUUUUUUCCAUGCACAGACAAAUUGCAGAAUGGAUGGAUGCUUAUAUUGCAAUAUCAUGGCUUUUUAACCUGGUGCCAUGCUGGAUGUGAGGUGUUUGCUAAUUUUUUGAGUGUUCCUCAUUUUGACCUGGAGAUUGUUUAAGUAAGGUAAUCGCUAAAUGAUUUGUUCCUCAUUUAUUUUCACCUUUUUUAAUGUUUAGAAUAUUCUUCUUUUUUUGGCUGCUCCCUGUAGAGGUCGCAACAGCAGUCCAUCUGUCUCAAUCAAUCCCUCUCCCUAGCAUCCUGUUCUGUCACACCAACCCUCUGCAUGUACUCCUUCACUGCAUCCAUGAACCUUCUCAGAGGUCUUCCUCUUUUCCUCCUUCCUGGCAGCUUCAUAUUCAACAUCCAUUGUCGAAUAAAUCUACUAUCCCUCCUCUG